AUGCGCAGGUGGUUUGUAGCAUUGGUGCCGCCCAGUGACAUACAAGAUAAGGCGAGUGCGAUAAUUGACGAACUCACUGUGAAGUACGGCACACGCACAGCCAGGACGAUGCCGCAUGUCACGCUCAUCGCACCCUUUGAGGUGAUAGCAGAUGAAGGAGAAGCCACUCAACCGGUUAAACAGGUGCUACGGCAGGUUGCACGGGCCAGCAAGCCAUUCACAGUGAGCUUGGCGGGGUUCAAUUCGUUUGCGCCGCGCGUUCUAUUUAUAGACGUGGAUAAAAGCGCGUGUCUGAGUGAGUUGAAACAACAUCUCGAACGGGCGUUGGCGGAAGCGUGUGCGAUCACACCCGACAAUCGGCACUACCAACCACACAUGACUAUAGCGUCCCGCAAGGUACGCAAGAACAACUUCACGCGCAUAUGGCAGGACUUGGACAAUAGGACCUUUGAAGAAGUGUGGCAGUGUACGGAGGUCAGCCUGCUGGUGUAUGAGGAUAUGCGGUGGAAGGUGGAUAUGACAUUCCCAAUAGGCUGAUAUUACAGCGGGGAGGAUGUAUGUAGAAGAUGG